AUGUUUGUAUCCGAUCCGAGCCUCCCACGUAGCCACCUCAUCAAGUCAACCAUCGCACCGCUUACCGAUAACCUAGACUUGGUCAGUUUGGAAGGCGACGAGUGGAAGACGUGGCGUGCAAGAUUCAAUCCGAGCUUUAGCAAUAAGAACGUAUUAUCUCUCGUCCCCGGCAUGAUCAAGGACGUCCAAGUAUUCACCGACAUCGUGCGAAAGCGAGCUGGUAUCGAUGGAGUCUGGGGCAGCGUUUUCCCCCUCGAGGGUCUGACGACAAAUUUGACCAUCGACGUCAUUGGCCGAGCAGUCCUUGGAAUUGAGCUCAACGAGCAGACUGCCGGGCCGAGCAGAUUCAAGAGCCACUUUAUGGACCAGAUCUCGCGGUUUAUUCUUUUGCUCAACAUCGUUAUGGUGUGGAAAUGGUAUAGUCCUUGGCGACUGUCAGCCAUUGCUAGGAAUAGACGUGUCAUGCACAGCGAACUGCUGCCUUCCAUCGAACGGUGUUUGAGCGAGACAAAAACUCGGAAGAUCUCUUGCAAAACCGUUAUAGACCUAGCAUUGAAACCAGUAUUAACUGGCGUGGCUGGUGACGAGAGGGCGCCUCUUACGGACCAACUAUUUGUCGACACCGUUGUAUCCCAACUCAAGCUAUUCAUGUUCGCCGGUCAUGAUACCACGGCGACGGCUCUUUGCUGGGUGCUACAUUGUAUAGCUAAAAACCCAGAAGUCGGGCGCAAGCUACGCGCUGAACACGACGAGAUUCUUGGUAAAGACACUGCGGAGACGAUUGAAGUGCUUAAACAGUCACCGCACCUGCUCAACUCUCUUAUUUACACGGGCGGAAUCAUCAAAGAAGCGCUGCGUCUAUACCCUGGUCCGACGUCUCUGCGAGACGGUCAAUCGCAUUAUCAUAUAGUCGACAGGGAUACUGGAGAUCGCUACCCAACUGAUGGAUUCGUACUCUGGGAUGGCAUCCGCUCGCGAUCCCGCUCCAAUGAGCUGUGGCCCCGUGCCAAGGAGGUUAUACCGGAACGGUGGAUGACCACAAGUGAGGACGAUCCAUUGCAUCCGAAGAAACAUUCAUGGAGGAUGUUCGGUAUCGGCAGCCGCAAUUGCAUCGGGCAGGAGCUCGCUAUGACGGAAAUGAAAUUGGUCUUGGUGUUCAUGGCAAGAGAGAUUGAAGUCGACUGUGCUUGGGACGAGUGGGAUACAAAGAAGUGA